AUGCCGCUCUUCCUGGUCGUCUGCUCCGACACCGUGGAGAACCGCAAACUCUACCAACUGACGCGGGUCGCUGACGUUCCGGUUCAGACCGAAGAUCUUCGCUCCCGGAGAGGCCCUGUGCAGUGCUUUCGCUGCCAGGGGAUCAAUCAUGUCGCACGCCACUGCUCAAUGCCGGACAGAUGUUUUAAAUGCGCCGGCGCCCACGCAGGACGUGUGUGCCCCCGUCCGCCCACCGAGAAGCCGACAUGUGCACUCUGUGGCGGUGCUCACGUGGCCAGCUAUCGUGGGUGUGAGGUGUGGAAGCGUGCCAUCGCUCGCCAACGUGGCCAAACGCCAGCGCCGCGUCCGAAGAAGCCAGCAACGAGACGGCCCGGCGUCUCUUUCGCGGCGGCAACGUCAGGGGCGCCCUCUGCCGUCCCAGCUGCGUCGGCUGCUCCUGCUCCUGCCGCAUCCGAGGCCGUGCCGCCACCCGCGGCUCCUGCGCCUCCACCACAGCUGCUAGUGGCGGACCCGGGUACUGCCUCUCCCGGGACGUCAGCCGGACCACGCCCCGCCGACCGCCGGCGCGGGGGUCGCCGCCCCAUGGGUGCCCAGCGCUCAGCACCGUCCGUCGCGCAGCCCCAGGUGGACUCUCCCAGCGAAGCAGCCACGCCUCCCCCUUCCAGCGACGGGGCCGCGCCGGCUGCUUCCACCGCUGACCUGGCCAACCUCGUCGCGCUGCUCACUGCCCUGGUGAACAGUGCUACGAAGUUGAUUGAAGUCCUGUCGCAGCAACUCACCGCUGCAGUGCCGAUGGCCUCUCUGGCCCCGACCGCUGUCAACCCUCACCAGUUGCACCAUGGGCAGCGUUAG